CCCACAAACACACAUAGAGGUGGCAUCAGUAGCAAACUCAAAGCGCUCUGAGAUCAUACUGGGGGCAGCAAGCAUUUCCUAUAUCCGCAACCUGCACCCCUAGCACAGCCAAACUGCUUGCCGCCCCGCCAGGCCAGUCGAGUCCCAACAUGUCCAACAACAGCGCGGCCACCUCCUCGGCGACUGCGCCAAGCGCAGGCGCAGCCAUCGCCGCCGCCCAGAAACCAUUCCAGACCAAGCUCGUUCUGCUCGGUGAUGCGGCCGUCGGCAAGUCCUCCGUCGUGCUGCGCUUCGUCAGCGAUGACUUCCAGGAGAAUAAGGAGCCCACCAUCGGCGCAGCGUUUCUCACUCAAAAAUGCCGCCUGGAGGACAAGAUCAUCAAGUUUGAGAUCUGGGACACGGCCGGCCAGGAGCGCUUCCACUCGCUGGCACCCAUGUACUACCGGAAUGCCCAGGCGAGUGCAGUCGUCUACGACGUGACGAAAACGAGCUCAUUCGAAAAGGCCAAGUCAUGGGUCAAGGAGCUGCAACGGCAGGCGAACCCGAACAUCGUCAUCGCCCUCGUCGGCAACAAGGUUGAUCUGCUUGCCAGCGCCACCAGCGCGCCUUCGUUCUCCUCCAGCGGCGGCGAUGCAGAGGACGAGGAAGAUGACAACGCCACCACCACUGGCGCAGCAGGCACAGGCGCAGCGGGCGGGAGCAGCGGUGCGGCGCCAACACGAGCGGUACCGAAGGAAGAGGCGCAGGCGUACGCUGAGGAGGCCGGCCUGCUCUUCUUCGAGACGUCUGCCAAAACGGGCGAGGGGAUCAUCGAGGUAUUCACCGAGAUUGCAAAGAAGAUCCCCAUCAACGACAUCCUCGCCAGCCAGGCUACGCAGGCCGCUGCUGGCGCCACAGCCGGCCGGCCAAGCGCAGCGGGCGCCGGCGCCGGCGCAGGGGGGAAUGUUGACCUGAAUGCUGGCGCGCAGGCGAGCAAGGACGCGUGCAAUUGCUGAGCGCAUGCGCUUGCCCUUGUUGCCUCGCUCGUGUCUCGCUUCCUCUCGCUCUCGUUGGUCUCCCCCACGCACAUGGCCCACACCUCCGUCUGUCUGUAUUAUCAUCUCCUCAUCUCUAGACACUUUCUCUUUGCUCC